AUGUUCAAAUCAUCAAUUGCACCAACAACUUUAAUUUUCAAAAGAAAUAUGAUAACAGCUAAUGCGGUUUUAUACACGCAACAUGGAGAACCUAAAGAUGUAUUAUUUACUCAAAAAUAUCAAAUAGAUAAUGAAAAUUUACAACCAAAUAAAAUUAUUGUUAAAACUAUAGCUUCACCAAUAAAUCCUUCAGAUAUUAAUCAAAUUCAAGGGGUUUAUCCAUCGAAACCUGCCAAAACUUUAGAUUUUCAAACCAAUGAACCUGCAGCUCCAUGUGGUAAUGAAGGAUUAUUUGAAAUUUUAAAAAUUGGUAAAGAUAUAAAAAAUUUUGAAAUUGGAGAUUGGGUUAUACCAAGUCAAGUUAAUUUUGGUACUUGGAGAACUCAUGCUUUAGGUGAAGAAUCGGAUUUUAUCAAAAUAAGUAAAAAAUUAACUAUAAAUCAAGGUGCAACUAUAUCUGUCAAUCCAUUAACUGCAUAUCUUAUGUUAACUCAUUAUAUAAAAUUGACACCAGAAAAAGAUUGGUUUAUUCAAAAUGGUGGAACUUCAGCUGUGGGUAAAUAUGCAAUUCAAAUUGGGAAAUUAUUAGGUAUAAAUUCAAUUUCUGUAAUAAGAGAUAGACCAAAUUUACAAGAAACUAAAGAUGUUCUUUUAAGAUUAGGUGGUACACAAAUUAUAACAGAAGAAGAAAAUUCUUCUCGAGAAUUUAGUUCAACAAUAAAACAAUGGGUUAAAGAAACAAAUGGUGAAUUGAAAUUAGCAUUAAAUUGUGUUGGUGGGAAAUCUUCUUCAGGUAUUGCCAGAAAAUUAAAUAAUAAUGGAUUAAUGUUAACUUAUGGUGGAAUGUCAAUGCAACCAGUAACAAUUCCAACAUCUUUAUAUAUUUUUAAAAAUUUUACAAGUGCUGGAUUUUGGGUAACUGAAUUAUUGAAAAAAAAUCAAGAAUUAAAACAAAAAACAUUGAAUCAAAUUAUUGAAUGGUAUGAAAAAGGUGAAUUAAAAGACGCUCCAAGUAAUUUGGUGGUUGUUGAUGACGAAUUAUCUAAAGUAUAUGUUAAAGGUAUUGAGGAUAAGUCCGGUAAGCAAGUAGUUACAUACUAG